AUGGCGAGCAACGACCAAGGCAGAAAGCGCGCGCGCUCACCCUCGAGAUCGCCGUCACGAUCACCACCCCGCCAGCGAAAGCGCCCUGGGGCGGGUGCCCGAGUAUCAGCCGCGGACCGCGAAGCCGCCCGAAAGCGUGCGCAAGCGAGAGAAGAAGAAGCGGCUAGGAGGGCACAGCAGGAGGCCGCACAGAGAGGUGUCCACGACGUCGUCAAACAACAUUACAACUCGGUCCCGGAGCGAGGUCGUGAAUGGCGCAACACAGACAGCAAGAUCAAGGGACUGCGCAGCUUCAACAACUGGGUCAAGUCGUCCAUCAUCCAGAAGUUCAUUGGCGACGAGCGGAAUCUCAAGAUCCUUGAUGUCGGGUGUGGAAAGGGUGGUGAUCUGGGCAAGUGGGAGAAGUCGAGGAAGGUAGAGCUGUAUGUUGGAUGCGAUCCCGCAGACGUUUCGAUCAAACAGGCCAAAGACAGAUUUGCCCAGAUGCAGAAGAAGAACCGGCGACUGUUUCAUGGCGAGUUCUAUGCCAAAGACUGCUUCGGGGAGUGGUUGGGCGACAUACCCAUCAUCAAGGAAGUCGGCAUUGAUCCGGGAGCUGGCCAGGGUAACGCCAUGAGCCAGCGUUGGGGCGGUGGUGGCUGGGACAUGGUCACAAUGAUGUUCUGCAUGCACUACGCUUUCGAGAGCGAGGCCAAAGCAAGAGGCAUGCUACGAAAUGUCGCAGGCGCAUUGAAGAAGGGAGGACGGUUCAUUGGCUGCAUACCCAACUCGGACGUGCUGUCGCAGAAGGUCAUCGAGCAUCACAAGGCCAAGGGCACAGCACCACCUGAUGUAGAUGGUGCCGAUGACGACGAUGACCGUCCGGCCUUUGCAAGCGACGACGACGACGACUGGGAUCCUGAGAAGAGUCUUGACAGCCCCAAGCCCGCUGAUACGGAGCACACGAACGACGACAAGUCUGGAGAGUCGAAGAAUAAGGAGAAGGAGAAGGAGAAGGAGGAACAAGAAGACGGCGAGGUUGAAGAUGAGGGCUUCAACUUUGGCAACAGUAUCUACAGCGUCAAGUUCCCCGGCAAGACACCUCCUGAUGGCGUGUUCCGUCCUCCGUAUGGCUGGAAGUACUCAUACUGGCUCACUGAAGCUGUAGAGGCGCCCGAGUACGUAGUUCCCUGGGAAGCUUUCCGAGCACUAGCAGAGGACUUUAAUCUCGAGCUUCAGUACCGCAAGCCUUUCAGGGAGGUCUGGGAAGAGCAAAAGGAUGACCCUAUUCUGGGUCCCCUAAGUGAGGUCAUGAAGGUCAGGGAUCGCAACACUGGUCGACUACUGACUUCGGAAGAGGAGUUGGAGGCAGCAGACUUUUACCAUGCAUUCUGCUUCUACAAGGUUUAA